UUAAAAACACUUGAAAUGGCGAAGAACAAGGAUGAUAUCAAAUAUGCAACUGCACAGGCGAAACUAUCCGAAGACGAAUCGCUGCGAGUUGCGUACGUAGCCAACACGCCCUUAGAAGCCGGCAAGAUAGCAGAUUCCGAACCCGUUGAUCUCUUCGCGGCCGCUCAUAACAUCUCUAAUCAACAACAACAAGAUAAACGUGUGAUUGCGGAAUCAAAACCCCUUGAUAUAUUCUCGGCGGCUAAAGGCGUCUCUGAUGCCAACCAAAUGGAUGAGGGUACGGCUAAUCGUAAGCCAUAAGCUAAAUAAUUAGCUUAACGCCGGCUGAAGCUACGGUAGCUUCAGCCGGCGGUUUGGGUAUGUGGUUUGUUUUUUCAUGCUUUUGUUUCGAGUUUGGGUCUAAAUGAUGGUGAAUUGUAAAGUAAAACGAGAAAACUGAUGUACUAUACGAUCGAAAUGGUAUCUUUUUUAUUUGUAUUUGAA